CCGCGGCCGCGGGGCCGUCGGAGGGUCCCCAGGGCGUGGAGCGUGGCGGGCGCGGCUCCCCGCCGGGAUUGGCCGGCGCGGCCGGGCGGACGUCACACAGGGACGUUCCAGCGCGUCCGCCUCCCGAGUGCGAGUUGUUAGAAGCCAUCCCUGGAUAAGGUUGAAAAGCGUUCUCCCUCCCGCGGAAGCCGGUGCGCAGGGAGGAAGCCCGAAAUCCCUUAUUGUGGAUCCGAGAAACUAUGGACCCUGGAAAUCUCAACUUUGGAAAUUACUCACAGAAUGUGCUAAACCAGCCAGUUGACACCAACAUCUCUUCCUUCAGACAGUUUGAACCCCUGUGCAAAUUUCAUCAGAGAGAAGCAUUUAAUAAUGAAGUGAUAACAUUGCAGAAUCUGACAGAAGGCUUACCUUAUGCCGAGGAGCCAGAAUUGCAAUGUCAUGUAUAUAAUGAUGCAAAAGACACCAAUAUACAGAAAGAUUCAUUUAAGGAAGAAAAUCCAGUGGAAAGUAGCACUUCCGCAGAUCAAGAUCAGCUUGCUCUAGAGUGUGUCAGACAAUCUCCCAGAAGCCCGUCUCUAAUCCACUGCACUGGAGAGACACUGAAAUUCAUGGAAAUGUCACUGGCUAAUAGCACUGCCAUGGAAACUGCCUUCAACCCUAGUCAGCCUCAGAACUUCUUGUGUAAGGAAAAUGUACAUGGAGAUGUUGAACAACUCGUUUAUAAAGAGAAUAGCUUUCACCUGCUUAAUCAGAGAGCUAAUUAUAAAGCAGAGGAGAUUGCAGGUUCUUCCAAAGGAAUACAGAAUUCUGCAGAUACUCCUGAGAUGUCAGUCAAGCACCAAAAGGAAGUCGCAGUGGAGGGCAGAGAGAGUUCAGAGAUUGUCUCAUGUUGGUCUCCGAUGGGCAUUUCUUGGAGUGGUGGGGCAUCUCGGGAGGGCUGCAUGACACCCAACACAGAGCAAAGCUUGGAAAGCCCAUGGCCUCUGGAAGAGGACAUGGCUUUAAAUGAAGUCCUGAGGAAAUUAAAACAUACUAACAGAGAACAGCAGACUCUGAUCCAAGACCUGCAGCGUAGUAACAUGUAUUUAGAGAAGAAGGUUGAAGAACUGCAGAUGAAGACUACUAAACAGCAGGUGUCCGUGGACAUCAUGAAUAAGCUAAAGGAGAAUGUCGAGGAAUUAAUUGAAGACAAAUACAGAGUGAUGCUAGAGAAGAAUGAUACGGAGAAGACACUGCGGAAUGUGCAUGAGGUUUUAGUUGACACGCAACAACGUCUUCAGGAGUCCAGGAAUGAAAAGGAAACCCUACAGCGAGAGCUUAAGAAGAUCAAGAGCAAUUAUGUCAGUCUACAGGAAAGGUACAUGACUGAAAUGCAACAGAAGAAGCAAGCUGCAAGUCAGUGCUUAAUGAUGGACAGAGCCUUGAGCAAGAAAGAAGAAGAGGUCGAGAGGCUGCAGCAACUCAAAGGAGAGUUGGAAGAGGCCACCACUUCCGCUCUGGGCUUGUUGAAAAGGGAGCAGGAGACGCGAGAACAAGAGCUCCUGUCUCUACAGGAGGAGUUCCAGAAGCGUGAAAAGGAAAACCUGGACGAGAGACGGAAGCUGAAAUCUAGGCUUGAGAAACUGGUCGCUCAAGUUCAAAAUCUGCAGUUCACUUCUGACAAUGAAAAGGCCAAGAAUACAAAACUUCAGCAGCAGAUCGAUGAAGUGAAAAAUGAGAACGCGAAACUUCAGCAGCAGGUUGCAAGGAGCGAGGAGCAAAAGUACGUCCCUAAAUCUGAGACAGUGCAGCUAAAGGAGCGCUUAGAGGAAGUGAUGGAGUCAGACAUGGGGAAGGAUGCAAAGAUGAUACAUUCUGAUUUGUUCCUGACUCACUCACCUUGUGAAGGAGAGAGCCUGAAUCCCCCAGAUAUGAAAAGAAUGUCUCCGCUGACCUCCAAAAUUCACAGUCUUCUGGCUCUGAUAGUAGGACUUCUCACAUGCCAGGACAUCACCAGUCCCGAUGCUGAACAUUUCAAAGAGACUGAGAAAGUUAGUGAUAUAAUGCUACAAAAAUUGAAGACUUUUCAUCUAAAAAAGAAUAAUUUAGAUAAAGAGCUACUGAAACAUAAAGACAGAAUCACAACUUUCAGAGAGUUAAUUGCCAAUGAAAAAUCAUUUCAAGAUCAGGUUACUGAGGUUACAGACUUUGAUUCAAAUGAAACCAAGAAUGUCAGAGACAUACCUGUCCUACUGGGAGCCAAACUGGAUCAGUAUCACAACCUAAACGAAGAGCUUGAUUUCUUGAUAGCAAAAUUGGGACAUCUUCUAGAGUCGAAAAAAGACCACUGCAACAGACUCAUUGAAGAAAAUGACAAGUAUCAAAGACAUUUAGGCAACUUAAUAAAUAAGGUUACAUCAUAUGAAGAAAUUAUCGAAUGUGCUGACCAAAGGCUCGUGAUAUCCCACUCCCAGAUUGCGCGUUUAGAAGAGAGAAAUAAACAUUUGGAAGACUUAAUUAGAAGGCCCAGAGAGAAAGCCAGAAGACCAAGACGAAGAAGUCAUCAGAAGUCCAUGACCGUGAUGAGGGCCUCCUUGGUCCUGGAAUUGGAAGCCCCUCCUUCCAGUGGUGGUGGUUCCCUGGGCUUCAUUCCCACGGCCACUGCUUCACGUCAAGCCCUCGUCCUUUCACCUGGCCUGUUACGGUCGUCUCCUCACUCGUAUUUCUGCCUCUAGUUUUGCCCCCCUCCCUCCAUCCUCCACAGAGUAGACAGUGAUCUUUUAGAAGCAAAAUAUGAUAUAUCCCUUCCCUACGUGAAACCCUUAAGUGCCCAGUUACAGUCAGGAUCGAGUCUAGCUCCUCAGCGUGGCGUGAAGGCCCUCUGUGAUCCAGCCCUUGCCUUCGUAUCCCACCUUCUCAUCCACUGCUUCCUCCUCCUCAUCAUGCACACCAACUGUACCGAACCGCCUGCAGUGUCCUGACCACGCUCUGUCACCUUUAUGCCUCUGUCUGGCCCAUGCAGCGUCCCCGACCUGGAAUGCGCUCUCCCCACUCCUUUUCUCCCUACAACCUCAGUUCCCACCUCGCAAACCCCCACCAGCUCCAGUUCUGGCUCCUCUACGAAGCCUUUCCCCGCCCUGUCCCCCAGGAACUGGCUUGUUCCUCCCAGGUGCCCACACUGUACCCUUUGAUCAAAUAGCACCUAUCUCACUUCCUUCCUGUUCUCUGCUCGCAUGUCCCCCGGCUUGACAAGAAGUCUUUUAGCGCAGGAAUUGUCUCAUAUUCACGCUGGUACUCCCAAGCUCCUGUCCUAUAAUAGGCACUAAAUAGGAGUUGACAUUAGGCAGACUCGGGAGCCCCGCCCAACGCUGUACUUGGUGGAGUAACUGCCAGCAGAAAGCACAGCUGUGCCGCCCUGCCCACCCAGGCCACGGGUGUGUGUUCAUGAGUAGCGGGGCCUCUUUGUGACCAAGCUUUGCGGGAGAGGGUGCAAUCAAGGGACAUGUUUCUGUGUGCCCCAAUGAGACCCCACUGUUGUAAUAGCUGAGUUAUAAGGAACCUUAAUCCUGCCAGCUGGCAACCAAACCAAGGAAGAUAAAACUCAGCCAGCCUUGUUCCUUGUCAUAUUCCUUAAUGGGAAAAGGUUGAAACAAACAAAAAUAUUAAUUAAAAUAUAGUACUGGUAUUAUCUGUGGAGUUAGUCUGUCUGCAGGUUUUCCUUGUAUCCCUUUUCCAUAUGUAGUCAAGAACUAGCUGUUUAGGGAAUAAGAAUUCUGUAUGUAACCAAGAAUCAGCUCUUCUGUCCCUGGUGUCUUUCCUGAAAACUUAAGAAACAUUUUCUCCUUUC